GUUCCUUUUUCCUCUCAGGAGCUUCACCAAAUGAAUGUCUGUGUAACAGACUUCAGGUGAGGGAGCCUAUCAGCUUGCACGUUUUAUUUUGCUGCGUCAGCAGCGUCAGCAGCGUCAGCAGCGCUGGUAUAUAACGGCGCGUCACGUCACUGACCGGUACUCCUUUACAGGACCUACAGCUGCGUGUAUCAGAGCGAGCCUGAGAGCGAGCAUUUUUUGCUAGCUACCGAGCGACCCCAUCUGAUAUACACGGAUAUUUUCACUCGAUUUUCUAAAGCCUUUCCACCUUCCAACGACUUGUGCACCUUUAUCCCUUCACCUGGACCUUUGGGACACACAUCUGACAGGAGACCGUCCCAUCUUUCUUCCACAGAGCAGCAGGACUUGGUGCGAAGCACGAUGCCUCGUGGUAAGUCCUAUCGCCGCUCUCUGGCAGCCAAGAAGCGAAUGGCAGAGCAGCGAAGCGCUGGCGUUGAACGCUUCAACGCCAGUCCCUAUGGCUCCAGCAAUGCCAGUGCACGGCAUGGUACUGGGUACCGCCAUCCCGUGCAGAAAUGGCCAGUUUCGUCGCUGUCCGGGAAGCAGCACAAACUGGUGUUUAUGCCCGAGUCUCCUGACAAGAAGUUUGUUCUUCUUGUGGGUGAUUCCCACCUUCGUGCCAUCGCCGACCGGCACGUGUCCAUGCCAGAGGGAAGGUUUUCCUUUGGCAUCAUGUCUACACCCGGGGGCGCUGCUCAUGAUUUGAGGGCUGAGCUUGUGCACGCUCACGUCCCUCGAACUCCUGAUGCAGUUUGUCUUCUGGCCCCAUCCAACAACCUCACACAUUCCAGGACCAUCUCAGAUGCUGGUGCCGACUUCACCGAGCUUCUGAAUGCUGCCUGCAAUCGGUGGUCCAACGUUGUAGUGGUGGAUUUCCCCCCCCGCUUCAACUGCGACCAGCAGUACCAAGAACUGCUGCGCCAGGAAUUCCAUAGGGUUUGUGUCCGCUUGGGUGUGCGGUAUUUUCCAACGGCAUGUCACUUUCCGUUGGAGAACACAGACCUGUGGGCUAGAGAUGGCAUUCACCUGUCAGAACCUGAGGGCAUGAGCGUGCUAUCACAGCUGAUGUGGCAGGCUGUUUACGUUACACUUGACACAGUGCCACAACCCCCCGCUGUGAAAGCACCCCUCAGACCACUAGCACCAUGCAUCAAGCCAAAACUUGUUGUGAAGGGUGAGGACACUCCACCACGUCCUCCGGUGAACCCCUUCGUGUGGCGCACUGUUCAAAGGGGCAAAGAGGGGAACUCAUCAGGGGAGCCUGGCCGGUCCUCUGGUGUGCUUCCUCAGAGAAGGAAGGUACAGAAGCAGGUGGUGAAGGAGUGUACCAUCCCGCUAAACCCAGUCUGGUUUAGCUUUGCCCUGUUGGAUGAGAUGGACAAGCUUGUGCCAUCUCAUCUCCCUGGUACCGCGGUUCCAGAGGGCAAGCAGAAGGCCUUUGUGGAGCGCAGGAGGAGUGCUGCCUCCAAGAGGAGUCGGUCCGACCGGCAGGCGGAGGCAGUACCUAGCGUGGUGGUUGUGAAGGCGAGGGUCACUUCUACCACGUUCAUGCGGGAGACGGCGGAGGCGGAGGAGGCGGUUCCGAGUGUUGUGGGAGCGUCCCCCGAGUCCCCUGUCCAGUCCCCUGACCAGGCUGCGCCGGUGGAGGGUCCUGCCCGCCCCCAUCGCACUCAAAGGCCCGUCAAAGGUCAGAGUGUUGCAGCUCCAGUUUGCAUGUGUUCUGAGCAGUUGCCCCCACCUUUAGUUUCAGGCAGUAGUUUUGUAGGUCAGUACUCUGACGUGAAUACUUUGCUCACUUGUAGUGCUGUGGCUGCAAUCAAACACACGAUUGCACCUGUGUGUACAUGGCGUGGCAGGGACAUAGACGAGGUCAGGUCAGAAGGGACUAAGUUGGUGGAGUUUCUGGUUGAGGAGAGUAAGAAGGUUCCAGCAGGAGAAAGGGAGUUAUGUACGCUUAUUGAGAAGCACACAGUCUUUGGAGGGAAGUGGAACGUUGACAUUGGUAGGCCAGAGUACUUUGUAGUGAAGCCACCAGGGGAGGACACACUUGUGUCUGAGAAGCUGCAGGAUCUGUUGUUGAGGGAUGGCAUGUGUCUUUUUGGUGUUGAUGGUCUUGCUACUGCAGUGAUACAACACAAAGAUUACAUUGUUGUUGUUGACUGCAGCACACGUGAUGCCAGUGGUUCUGAUCCUAGCUGCAGCAGAUCUGUGGCUGUGUUUAACACAUGCCUGAACGACCUGAUGUUUCACAUCAGGGGUCUGCAGAAGUCUUUCAACGCACAGGCGUAUGUUGUUGCCAGCAUGUCUGUGAAGCCGCUUGAUGUUGGACUCGGUGUUGAGACUGUUUCAGAGGUUGCAGACAGUGAUGGUGACAUGCAAGUUACAGGUGAGGUUCAGGAGAGCAGCUCAGUCAGGUCUGCAUGUCAUGUGAGAUCAGUGCAGGGAACUUUUCAUCAGGGAGAUGAUCAGUUUGAGUUUGGAGGAUUUCAGUGUAUGGCCAUAAGCCUCGUUGGAAUGGCGAAACACACAACUGACAGUGUGUUUUCAUGGCAGUCCAAGACCUUGGAUGAUGUUGUCGUGUCAGGGGACAAGUUGUAUGCCUCUUUAAGGAAGAACAACUUGAUCAGUGAUAAAGUAUCACUCUUUCUUUGUGUUCCUGAUUUGCCCAAACAGCAUGUGGUUGAUGGGCAGAGCUUUGACUUUGAGUAUGGUGACUUUGUAAGUGGACUGGUAGGUGUGGAUGAUGGUCCCACUAUUGAGCUAGGUGUACAUGUGAGCUUGAAAAGGGGAUUGACGGACAUGUUCACACAGUACGACACAUGUCUGUUGACAGUGCAGGGUAGCACUUGUGCUAUCGUUCAUCAGGGUGGACGGUAUGCAGUGGUUGAUUCCCAUGCUCGUAGUGCUGAGGGAAUGUUGCAUGGUAACGGGAGGAGUGUUGUUGUGUAUUUCAGUUGCAUUGAUCAGGUCUAUGAUCACAUAUGCAAGUUGUCCCGCAUGUUGCCAGUAGGUGUCAAGCAGUUUGAGAUAGCUGGUGUUCGUGUGUCUCUCCCAGGGUUAGUUGUUGACAGUGAUAAGUCAUUAGGACAGUCACUAACUGUAGAAAGCAGAAAGAGCGUGUUUGGAAGCAGUGUCUCUGAGGUGUCCAGUGGUCAGCCAGCAGUCAGCUGUAGCAGCAGUGUGAGGGCAGAGAAGCGCAAGAGGUCAGCAGGAUGUUUUCUGUCAAAGAAGUGGAAGAGGAGUGAUGAUACAGAUGUUGUGUUUGUUAGUGAUGUGGCUAGUAAAGGACUGCAGUUUAAUCCUCUUCGUAGGGAAGUUUCAGAAGCGUUGUGUAAACAGUUGAACGUGGAGUCAGAGAUAGUUGAUGCUGUAUCUUCAGAGGUUGGUCAGUUAGGAGUGCCGUGUAAAAACGAGAGUAUACAGGGUGACGGUAAUUGUUUCUUUCGAGCAGUUAGUCAGGCUGUGAGUGGUACUCAGAAGAAUCAUAGGAAAGUUAGACUUGCAGUUGUGAAGCAGAUGGAAAGUAAUGUGGCUAAGUACAAGAGUCUUUUGAGGAGUGAGUUUUCUUCUGUGGCAGAGUACCUUAGGGAGUCAAAAAUGCAGUAUGUUGGCAGAUGGGCUACAGAGGUAGAGAUUCAAGCAGCAGCAGAUUGUUUAGGUGUGAGUAUAUUUACAUAUCAUCAGGGUCGCUGGCUUGAAUAUAGUUGUAGGAAUAGACAGUUUUCAAAUCAGGGAGUUUAUUUAGAACAUUGUAAUGACAAUCAUUAUGAGACUGUUGUUUGUGUUCAACAGCCUCUCAUUCAGGGUUGUUAUGGCUACUGCAGAGCCGACGAGUCUUGUAAGACGGGUUUCAAUAUUAGACAGCGUAAAGGGAAAGAGAGUGCUUGUUUGGGAGCUUCGAUUUCCGCUGCAAGUUUAGACGUAGAGCAUGUAGAAGGUGUUACAAAACAGCCCCAGCAUAGUACAUUAUCAAAGUAUUUCAAAAGGAAGAGGAAAUUAGAUGAGAAAAGGAAAUGCCAGGAAUUUAUGUAUAGUCAGAAAAGAAAAGACAGUAAAAAAAUUGGAUACCAGGCAAAUGUGGUGCAUAGGGAGAAAGUAAAAAGAAGUAGUGUAGAAAGAAGUAAACUUAAAUACCAAGAAAAUGUGGUGCAUAGGGAGAAAGUAAAAAGAAGUAGUGUAGAAAGAAGUAAACUUAAAUACCAAGAAAAUGUGGUGCAUAGGGAGAAAGUAAAAAGAAGUAGUGUAGAAAGAAGUAAACUUAAAUACCAAGAAAAUGUGGUGCAUAGGGAGAAAGUAAAAAGAAGUAGUGUAGAAAGAAGUAAACUUAAAUACCAAGAAAAUUUGGUGCAUAGGGAGAAAGUAAAAAGAAGUAAUCUAGAAAGAAGUAAACUUAAAUACCAAGAAAAUUUGGUGCAUAGGGAGAAAGUAAAAAGAAGUAAUCUAGAAAGAAGUAAACUUAAAUACCAAGAAAAUUUGGUGCAUAGGGAGAAAGUAAAAAGAAGUAGUGUAGAAAGAAGUAAACUUAAAUACCAAGAAAAUUUGGUGCAUAGGGAGAAAGUAAAAAGAAGUAGUGUAGAAAGAAGUAAACUUAAAUACCAAGAAAAUUUGGUGCAUAGGGAGAAAGUAAAAAGAAGUAGUGUAGAAAGAAGUAAACUUAAAUACCAAGAAAAUUUGGUGCAUAGGGAGAAAGUAAAAAGAAGUAAUCUAGAAAGAAUUAAAUUCAAAUACCAGAGUAAUGUCACUGUCCAAGAGAAAGUUAAGAGAAGCAGUAAAUUAAAAUAUCGAGAGAAUGUUUUGCAUAGGGAGAGAGUCAAAAGAAUAAGUAAACACAAGUAUCGGUUAGAUAAGUUGCAUAGACAGCGUGUGAAAGCCAUGAGUAUAAGGAAGUACCAUGGUAAUGCAGAGCAUAGAGAGAGUGUUGCAGCAGGUAACAGAGUGAGGAGGCAGAAUCAGAAAGAAAAGGCAAAACAGUUUGAUUUUGUGAUGGGACAGUUUCUAAAGAAAGUAGAGGAUGGUCCAGAUUUUGUUUGUUGUGUCUGCCAUAGAUUGUUGUUUAAACAUCAGGUUUUAAGUUGUAGAAAAGAAGAUUACAACAAACAGAGAGGAGUAGCUUUGAUCGCAGAUAAAUGUUUGUCAGAAGAUUAUUUGCAUAAAUGUAGUCCGGACUGUGAAGUGACUUGUAAGUUGUUAGAUUCACCGAGAGGUCAGAUGUGGAUCUGCUACACCUGUCAUGUAAAGAUUAAUAAAGGUGAAGUCCCACCUGAAAGUGCAGUUAAUAAUUUGGGACUUAAUCCCAUUCCUCCAGAGUUGGCGUGUUUGAAUAGCUUGGAGCAACAUUUGAUAGCUUUGCACAUUCCAUUUAUGAAGAUGUUGGCGUUGCCUAAAGGUGGGCAAAAUGGUGUUCAUGGACCGGUGACGUGUGUUCCUGCUAACAUUGUGCAGACAGACAAUUUGCUGCCCCGUUCCAAUAUGGAAGGGUCAUUGUUGAGGGUGAAAUUAAAGCGUAAGUUGACUUACAAAGGCCACUAUGAGUAUCAGUUUGUUGAUACGAUGAAGGUUAGGAAAGCUUUGGUUUACUUAAAGAGGACCAAUGUGUUGUAUGAAGAUGUUGAAUUUAAUGAACAGUGGCUUAAUGAGUUUUGUAGGGAAGAAGAGGAAGUUUUGGCAGAGGUUAGUGUUCCUAAUGUAGAGAGUUCAGAUGCAGCUACAGAUGAAGCAGAGGAUGAGCAGCUGCAUGACAGACAGCAGCACUGUAUGUUUCAGGACACGUGUCUCAUGCCUGUUGAUUUAGGUCAGGAAGCACUGGAUCAGUAUUUUGAUGAUACAUUGAAUUUGGCUCCGGCAGAAGGAAAUAGUCCUGUUAGGUUGUUGUGCGAUGAGGCAAAUGAAGCUAAAUCUUUCCCGGUAUUGUUUCCACAGGGUGGUAAUACAUUUCACGAGAGUAGACAGCACAGGUUGACUUUGUCACGUUAUUUGAAUAACCGUAUUUUACACGCAGAUGGUCGGUUUGCUCGGAAUGUAGAGUAUAUCUUCUUUGCCCAGUACAUGUCCGAGUUAGAGCAGGUAGUGUCUAAAGUGUCUAUAGCCUUACGGAAAGGGAAAGGAGGUCAUCAGUCUCAAAGAGUAGGGGAGGAUUUGUUGAGAGAUGAAGAGUCCUUGAAGCAGUUGUUGGAGUUUGAUGAUGGCUUUCGUUUCUUAAAACCUAUUAGAGGUACUCCAGCAUUUUGGCAGGGAGCUCAGAAAGAUCUUUUGGCUUGUGUUAGGCAGCUAGGUGUUCCUACGUGGUUUUGUUCUUUUUCAUCUGCUGAUAUGCGAUGGAAAAACCUGUUGAAUAGUAUUUUGAAACAGGAGGGUAGGACACAGACAUUUGAAGAGUUAGAGUGGGCAGAUAGGUGUGAGUUGUUGCGCAGAAAUCCCGUCACAGCAGCCAGAUCUUUUGAUUUCCGUUGGCAUUGUUUUCUCAGGGAGGUUCUGAUGUCUCCAGCUGAGCCAAUAGGUAAGAUCAAGGAUUACUUUCAUAGGGUAGAGUUUCAGCAGCGUGGCUCACCGCACAUUCAUAGUUUGUUUUGGAUUGAGAAUGCCCCAAAGAUUGAUAAAGAUUCGGAUGAGGAAGUUGUUGCAUUCAUUGAUAAAUAUGUAACAUGUGAGCUACCGUCAGAGGAUGAGGAGCUGUUAGAUAUUGUGAAGUCGGUGCAGCAGCAUUCAAAGCGACAUUCCAAAACUUGUAAGAAGAAUAAAACAGUUUGUCGUUUUAAUUUUCCCAGGCCAGCUUCAGGUAGGACUUUUAUCGCUCGUGGUAAAAGUUUAGAAGAUUUAAAGAAGUGCAAGUGUCAGGUAGAGAAGACGGGUAGUUCAGCUGUGUGUACAUGCAAAAGUCAGGUUGAUAAGGACAGUGAGAAAAGGAUGAGGGACCAUGCGGCAAAGAUUUUGGAAGCAGUGAAGAAGGCUCUUUCUGAUGAGAAUAGAAGCUUUGGUUGUUUGGACGAGUUGUUUGACAGUUUAGGGAUCACUCAGAGAGCUUUUGAGAGAGCGUAUAAGCUCUUUAGUCGGAACACGCAUGUCGUGUUGAAAAGAGAGGUUAAUGAAGUUUGGGUGAAUCAGUUCAGUAAGCCACUUUUGAAAUGCUGGAAUGCCAAUAUGGACAUCCAGUAUGUUGUUGAUGCAUAUGCAUGUGUGGUUUACAUUGUCUCCUAUAUUUCAAAGGCAGAGAGGGAGAUUGGACUGUUGUUAGGGAACGCUCAGAGAGAAGCAGCUAAGGAUAAAAAUCUUAGUGCCAAGGAUGCUCUGAAGAAUCUAGGCAGUGUCUAUCUUCACAACAGAGAUGUGUCGAGUCAGGAAGCGGUGUACAGGUUGGUACCCAGCAUGCACCUGAAGGAGUGUUCUAGGAAGGUUGUGUUUGUCCCAACAGGGGAAAAUGUUGUGAAGAUGAGUCUGCCUUUAAAUGUGUUAAAACAAAAGGCAGCGUCAUCACAGGGUCUUACUUCAGAAGACAUGUGGAUGACUAGUUUAGUGGAUCGCUAUAGGAACAGGCCAGAUGAUAGCGAGUUUGAUGACAUGUGUUUGGCAACUUUUGCGUCAGAAUAUCGUGUUCUGAGCAAAAAUGAGAAGAGUCAGAAUAGGGUGAAACUGAAGAAAGAUUUUGGUUUUGUCUCAAAAAGAACACGUUCACAACCUGCUGUUGUUCGCUACGCGCGCUUUUCUGAGACAAAAAAUCCAGAAUCUUUCUUUCAGAGCAUUUUGCAGUUGUUUCUUCCCCAUCGUGUUGAUGUGCAGCUUAAACCUCCAAACAGUGAGACUUUUGAGGAUUUUUACAUGAAUGGUCAUGUGAGGUUUAGUGAUAGAUCCAGGCAUUCGGUCAAGUCAGUUGUGGAUUUGAACAGGAGCAGAUUUGAAAUGGAAGCUGAUAAAUUGGAUGAUAUCCAGCACGAAGUUGACAGUAACGUUGUGUUAGAGGAUGCCUGGUGUGAGCUGUGUCCAGAGCAGGAACUGGAGCGUUUACAGUGUCUGCAGGAGCAGAAUGAGGCAGAGCAGGUAGUAGAGGAGCAUGUCGAAAACAUUCCAGAUUUGGCAGUUAGCAGUAAGGACGUUUCCCGUGUAGAGAAAAGAAGUAAUGUUUUGAGCAGAAGUGAUGGUUUGGCUUUGGUUAGGUCUCUGAAUGAGACACAGUUGUCUGUUUUCUAUCAGAUUCGUCAGUGGUGUUUGGACAGGGUUGACGGGAAAAAGCCAGGUCCCCUGCACGUGUUUGUAACCGGCGGGGCUGGUACCGGUAAGAGCCAUCUGAUUAGGGCUAUUCAGUACGAGGCUAUGAGGUUGUUGUCACCGGCAUGUCGUCAUCCGGACAACACCUGUGUUUUGUUGACUGCUCCUACAGGGAUUGCUGCAUACAAUCUGCAUGCAGCAACUAUUCACAGCACGUUUAGCAUUGGAGUGGAUGUACGCUUACCGUACACUCCUCUGGGUGAAGAGAAGAUCAACUCUCUGCGUGCUAAGUUGUGUGAUCUGCAGAUUUUGAUCAUUGAUGAAAUCUCCAUGGUAGAUCACAGGUUGUUGGCUUAUAUUCAUGGUAGAUUGAGGCAGAUCAAACAGACUGGUGACUUUGCUCCGUUUGGUAACGUGAGUGUGAUUGCAGUGGGAGAUUUUUUCCAGUUGCCUCCCGUUAAAGGGAAGCCACUGUAUGUUGAUGAUCAGGGUGUGAACUUGUGGUCCAGUCUGUUUAAGGUUGUUGAACUAACAACAGUUGUUAGGCAACAGGAUUCAGUCUUUGCAGAGUUGUUGAACAGGGUCAGAACUCGGUCUAAAGAGACUCCAAUGCUGCUCAGUGACAUUAGGACGCUGCAGCGUUGUGAAACCGGUGAAGUCAGCUCAGCUUUACACAUUUUUCCGACAAACAGACAAGUAAAUGAGCAUAACAUUCAGGAGCUAUUCAGGACUUGUCCUGAAUAUGUUGAGAUAGAGGCACAGGAUUAUGUAAAUAGUAAAAAAACAGGCAAGUUAGAGUUGAUUAGUGGACAUCACAGCAGAACGUAUAACACAUCUUUAGAGGAAACACUUCCCUUGGGGAUAGAUGCCCGUGUUAUGCUCUGUAAGAAUGUCGAUGUUUUGGAUGGUCUGGUUAAUGGUGUAUGCGGUAUUGUUACCCACAUUGUGCCGGCUAGUGAAGGUAGAUUUCCAAAGAAGGUGUUUGUAAAGUUUGAUGACCAUCAGGUUGGUGCUCAGAGGAGGAAACAAUCUGUUGGUGUUUCCAGUGAUUUGGUUGGCUCUACGGGUAUUGACCCAGAGGAAGAGAGGGUGACGAACAAAGGUGGAUUGCGAAGACAAUUUCCACUUAAACUAGCUUGGGCGUGUACAGUGCAUAAAGUGCAGGGCUUGACAGUAGACAGUGCUGUAGUGUGUCUUAAGAGAGUUUUCACUGCAGGACAGGCGUAUGUGGCCUUAAGCCGUGUUAGGAGUCUGUCUGGCUUGAUCAUUCAAGACUUUAGAGAGAAGGUCAUUUACUGUAAGGAUGAUAUCAAGGAUGCAGUGAAGAGUAUGCCUCCAUUCUUGAUUGAUGUCAUACCCCAGCACACAUCAAAUACACCUACAUUCUCUGUGUUUUUGAUGAACGUGCAAAGUUUGAGUCUACAUGUGUCAGAUUUAGCUUUGUGCACACAGCAUUUGCAGCCUAACUGUAUUGCUGUAACAGAAACAUGGUUACCCACUGAUUCUGUUUUUGAAAAUGUUAAGAUCGAUGGUUACAGUUUCCAGAACUGUCCUCGGAGUGAAGCGUACACAAGUAAUCACCCAGCUUUGGUAUCAUUGCAAGCCCAACAACAUGGUGGUGUUGGCAUGUUUAGUGCAGACAAUGUGGCAUUUGACAUAAUCAAAGUGCCACAUGUGAAUUUGGAGUGUUUGGUUUACAAGUUUGUCGGUUUUAACAUACUAGUCGCGGUCAUUUAUCGACCGCCCUCCUAUCCCAUGUGUUUGUUUAAGGUGAAUCUGAGCAAGUUGCUUGAUUGGCUUAACCCACAAGGUAACACUAUUGCUGUCAUGGGAGAUUUCAAUGAUGACAUUUUGAAGUCAUCUUCAAUCUGCAGUUUUGUCGCAGAGAGGGGGUUUGUUCAGCUAGUGACACAACCCACCACAGAGAGAGGCACACUUAUUGACCAUGUGUAUGUGAAAACAACACAGUACGAGGUACAGUCAGUAGUGUGGCCUACUUAUUUUAGUGAUCAUGAGGGGAUUCUUUGUUGUUUUAACAGCAAAUGUGUUGAAAGUGAUGAGGUAGAGUAGUUUAGACUUCUGAGGACUGCAGGUUUUUGGUGAAAUUGUGAGCUUUUUGGUAGGUUUAACUUUUAUUGGUAGGUCUAACUGUUAUGGUUGGCUCAUUUGUGGGUUUGCAUGGAAUAGUCUGCAUGUUUAGGGGCAAAAAAAAAACAAAAUACAAAAAAAAUUUGCAUGCCUUGUUGUCUGUUAUAGUGUGAUAAUGUUGUGUUUAGUGCUAAGGAGAAAAAAAAAAAAACAUUUGCAUGCCUUUUCUCUUUUUGUCUGUUUAUAGUGUUAUUUGUUUAGUGCUAAGGAAAAAAAAAAAAAAAUUUGCAUGCCUUUUCUCUUUUGUCUGUUUAUAGUGUGUUAUUUGUUUAGUGCUAAGGAAAAAAAAAACAAAAAAAAACAUUUGCAUGCCUUUUCUCUUGUCUGUUUAUAGUGUGUUAUUUGUUUAGUG